AUGCUCGCCCCACAUUGUGUGGUGAAUAGUUACACCAAGCCAGAAUCAGAUGCUUUGUACUACAAAUUGCAUGCUGCGUGCCAAGUGAGUCGAUCCUUUCGCACUUUCUUCUACCUUGACUUUGGUGUGGAGAUAUUGAAGGGUACUACGGAGGCCAACUUCUACCAGGAGGGAGAGAGUGAGCAAUGGCUCGGGGAGUGGUUGUCGCUCCGACAAAAUCGCGAUGACCUCGUGGUAGCUAUGAAAUACUCCGGAUUCUAUAAGCCCGAUGCCAAGAUCCGCUAUAACUAUCAGGGUAAUCAGAAGAAGAGCAUGAUUUUGUCCUUAGAGAACAGUCUCAAGAAUCUUCAGACGAGUUACGUUGAUAUUUUCUAUAUCCACUUCUGGGACUUCUCAACUCCCAUCGAAGAGGUCAUGCACGCUCUACACAAUCUCGUCACUGCGGGUAAAGGGCUGUAUCUGGGAAUCAGCGACACCCCCGCCUGGGUUGUCAGUUCAGCCAAUCGCUACGCGCGUGGAAAUGCCCUCAUCCCAUUUAGUGUCUACCAGGGCAAGUGGAACGCAGCCGAUCGGGAUCUGGAACGCAAGGUCCUCCCCAUGUGUCAACACGAAGGCAUGGCCUUAGCGCCCUGGGGAUCGCUUGGUCAGGGUAAGUUCAAGGCGGAAGCCUGGGAUGCGUCCAACAAGGGCGGCCGGAACAUGUUUGCUCCCCCGGAGAAGUACAAGAAGGUAUUCCAGGCUCUUGAAAGGGUUGGCAAGCGGAAGGGCACAUCCCCCAUCAACAUUGUAUGA